AUCUGCCGCGCACUCUGCGCUGUCCAAACUCUCUGCCACCGGGAAUAUUACGCGCGUUUUUGUCAUAGGUUGUUGUAUUACCACAUUGGGAAAUUUAGGGCGAUUGUUUCAUGGUCGACUUGGGUUGCAUGCAUCAAUGCCAAGAAAUUUCAUUAGGGGAACUUUGCCCAAGGAAAACGAGAGCCAUCUGUGUAGGAUGGAGCCGGUGGCCAAGGAGAGAGGGACAACAGAGAAUGGAGGCAGCUCCUCUACGAGGGAGCAACGCUCCUCCUGCUCCAGCCUCAAGAUGUUCCUUGUGGCCCUAUCGUUUGCCUACUUUGCCAAGGCCUUGUCUGGCAGCUACAUGAAGAGCACAAUAACCCAGCUGGAGAGGCGCUUUGACAUCCCCAGUUACCUAACAGGCGUCAUCGACGGGAGCUUUGAGAUAGGUAACCUGUUGGUGAUAGCAUUCGUGAGUUACUUUGGUGCAAAGCUGCAUCGGCCCAAGAUCAUAGCCAUGGGCUGUGUACUGAUGGCAGUGGGAACAUUCAUCAUCGCUCUGCCACACUUCCUCAUCGGACGCUAUAAGUUCGAAACGUCAAUCCGAUCGUCAGUGAAUUCAACCAAUAACCUCUCUCCAUGUCCAGCGCGCCUGUUGUCACCCUCCUCGCAAGCUUCGGGUGACCCGCUUUCUGAGGCACCAAGCACAGGGACAGUAGGUUGUGAAGGAGAGUCCAACCUCUCCAUGUGGAUCUAUGUGUUCCUGGGGAACGUCUUACGAGGGAUCGGGGAGACUCCAGUGCAGCCCCUUGGGAUCUCGUAUAUAGAUGAUUUCGCCAGGGAGGAAAAUGCUGCAUUUUACAUUGGCUGCGUUCAGACCAUAGCAGUCAUUGGUCCUGUGUUUGGCUAUUUACUGGGAUCCCUGUGUGCCAAAAUAUAUGUGGACAUUGGAUUUGUCAACAUGGAGAGUAUCACCAUAAGCCCCGGUGAUGCUCGCUGGGUGGGGGCCUGGUGGUUAGGUUACCUUAUUGCUGGGGUAAUCACCCUGCUUUCAGCCAUCCCCUUUUGGUUCCUGCCCCGUUCCCUGCCCAUCCCGUCAGACCGAGGCCCAGCCCAGUGCACCCCGGAGCGUACUAGCUUCAUCAAAGACCCCCCUCUACUGGAGCAUAAGUACCAAGCCGACGAGCCAGCUGGCUUUCUGGAGAUGGCCAAAGAUUUCAUACCAACGUUGAAAACCCUCCUGGGGAACCCAGUGUACUUCAUCUACCUGUGUGUGACCAUCGUUCAGCUGAACUCUCUCAUCGGCAUGGUAACCUACAAGCCCAAGUACAUAGAGCAACAUUACGGACAGUCCGCAUCAAAAGCCAAUUUCCUGAUGGGUACAAUCAACAUCCCUGCCGUGGCGUUGGGAAUUUUCACUGGCGGCCUGCUCAUGAAGAGGCUGAAGCUGAGCAUCAUGGGAGCAGCCAAGUUUGCGUUCGGCACCUCUCUGAUAGGCUACUUCCUAUCCCUCUUCUUCUUCGUCAUGAGCUGCGAGAACGUCAAAGUGGCUGGGAUCACGCUGCCCUACAACAGGGUGGGUGGUGUAUCGUAUGAGGAGCGCUCAGUAUUCUCAGCCUGUAACUCCGACUGUGUUUGUUCAGGCAGAGACUGGGACCCUGUCUGUGGAGAAAACGGCAUCACGUACGUCUCUCCCUGCCUGGCUGGCUGCCAGACCUCCACAGGAUCAGGGAAGAACACGGUGUUCUCUAACUGUAGCUGUGUGGUGGCAGCAGGGCUGAGCAGUGGUAACCUGACAGCCAGUGUAGGCCACUGUCCUCACAGAGACGACUGUGACCGUGUCUUCCCUUACUUCCUGGCUCUUUCUGUCAUCACUUCCUUUAUCAUCUCCCUGGGUGGCACGCCAGGCUACAUGGUCCUCAUCAGGUGUAUCAAGCCUCAACUGAAGUCCUUAGCUCUGGGGUUCCAUACUCUGUCCACACGUACACUUGCGGGCAUCCCAGCGCCCAUCUACUUUGGGGCGGUCAUCGACACCACGUGUCUGAAGUGGGGCCAGAAGAGAUGCGGAGGGAGAGGAGCCUGUCGGAUAUACAACACUACAGCAUACAGGAUAGCUUACCUGGGUCUGACUAUGGGCCUGAGGACAGUUUCCUUUCUGCUGUGUAUACUGGGAUUCGUGCUGCUCAAACAACACCUGCGGAGAGAGGAAUGCAGCGCCCACCAAGUGGCCAAUGGCGGAGCAGAACUGGAGGCACUCAGGAAAGAGGAGGUCCUAGCCUCCAACUCGGACCAAUCGCUACAGACUUCCACAACAGACUACAACAACACAGAGAGAGAGACACGGCUGUGACAGUUUGAGACAAUCUCCCCUGAUCCCUCACGUCUCAGACACACACAAACACUAGAUUUGCAGGAACCAACAACGGGCUGUGCCUGACCAUCUCAUCUCAUAGAACAUAAAUUAUGUAUUUGUACUGGACCUGUCUAGGUUAUGUAUAUUUAAAAAUAUACAGUUGAAGUCGGAAGUUUACAUACACCUUAGCCAAAUACAUUUAAACUCAGUUUUUCUACAAUUCCUGACAUUUAAUCCUAGUAAAGAUUCACUGUCU